GCGCACGAAGUGGAAAGCGGAGAGCAGUGGCGAGGCAGCACCGCCGCUGACAGGAGGAGUGACGGGAGCCCGCGGUUAUUUCCAGAGCCUCGAUCACACUUUUACCCACCGCAUUUUGAAACUAGAGGUUUCAGGACUUCACACCUUCGCGUCGUCUGUCCAGGACUCCAUCAGCGGAUCCUGUGGUGGAGGAGCAGGGGGUGGGGGCUUCUUAUUUCCCCCAGUCGUGGACGAAGGAGUUUUGUGCGUGUAUGUGUGUUACGCCGUGUCUGUAAUGGGUAAAAGUGGACUGAAAAGUGGAGUGGAGCUCGGUGGCAGCAGCUUGCUGAGAAUGCCGGGGGUCCUGCUCCUCUUGGUGCUUGCGCACCCGGGACUCGCUCAAGUGAGAGAUGAUGAUGAUUUCCUGAGCCUGAGUGAGCUUCCGGAAACCUUCCCUUCUGACCCCCCAGAACCCUUACCCCACUUCCUGUUUGAACCAGAGGAAGGGUACAUAGUCAAAAACAAGCCUGUCAAUCUCUACUGCAAAGCGACGCCUGCUACUCAAAUCUACUUCAAGUGUAAUGGCGAGUGGGUUCAUCAGAAGGACCACACCGUAGAGGAAAGGGUUGACGAGAACUCAGGUCUAGUGGUAAGAGAAGCCAGUAUUGAAAUAACACGCCUGCAAGUGGAGGAGCUGUUUGGUCCAGAGGAUUUCUGGUGUCAGUGCGUGGCCUGGAGCUCUGCUGGAACCACCAAAAGCCGCAAGGCAUUCGUCCGCAUUGCAUACCUGAAAAAGUCAUUUGAACAGGAACCCCUGGGAAAGGAAGUGUCGUUGGAGCAGGAGGUGCUGCUACAGUGUCGCCCUCCGGAGGGCAUACCAGCUGCUGAGGUGGAGUGGUUAAAGAACGAAGAGAUAAUAGACCCAGCCGAGGACAGGAACUUCUAUAUCACCAUCGACCACAACCUCAUCAUCAAGCAGGCGCGUCUGUCAGACACAGCCAACUACACGUGUGUGGCUAAAAACAUCGUGGCCAAAAGACGAAGCACCACAGCAACGGUUAUUGUCUAUGUGAAUGGCGGCUGGUCGACAUGGACGGAGUGGUCACCGUGUAACAGUCGCUGUGGACGAGGCUUUCAGAAACGAACCAGAAGCUGCACAAACCCCGCCCCUCUUAAUGGAGGACUUCCCUGCGAUGGACAGGCUAUACACAAGCUGCCCUGUACAACGCUGUGCACUGUGGACGGUGUGUGGACAGAGUGGAGUAAGUGGUCAGCCUGUGGAACAGAGUGCACACAGUGGCGGAGGAGAGAGUGCAACAAUCCAGCACCAAAAAAUGGUGGAAAGGACUGCGAAGGAUUGGUACUCCAGUCACAAAACUGCACAGACGGACUUUGUAUGCAAAGUUCAUUGUUUCAGAAGUCCACUGAGUCCAAAGUAAACAUGGGAAUUCCAUCUGCUCCGACUACGGACGGUGUGGCACUCUACGUGGGCAUAGUCAUCGCAGUGAUUAUGUGCCUGUUCAUCUCCGUCAUCGUGGCACUCUUUGUGUAUCGAAAGACGCACCGUGACUUUGACUCAGACAUCAUCGACACCUCGGCGCUAAAUGGAGGAUUCCAGUCUGUUAAUAUCAAGACAGCCAGAUCAGCGGAUCUACUCACGGCCCCUCCGGACUUGACAAACGCAGCUGCCAUGUAUCGCGGUCCGGUUUAUGCCCUUCAUGAUGUAUCCGAUAAAAUCCCAAUGACCAACUCCCCUCUCUUGGAUCCUCUUCCUAACUUGAAGAUCAAAGUCUACAACUCAUCGGGUCUGGUCACACCACAGGAUGACCUUGGAGGGGACUUCACGUCUAAAUUGUCUCCUAAGGUUACUCAGUCUCUGUUGGACCACAGUGACACCAUGAACCUUCGCAACCAGAGCUUGGCCCGGACCCGAGAUCCUUCCUGCACUGCUCACGGGUCCUUCAAUAUUCAGGGAGGACACCUCAUUGUACCCAACUCCGGUGUGAGCCUGUUGGUUCCAGCAGGUGCUGUCCCUCAGGGUAGGGUGUACGAGAUGUAUGUGACGGUGCACAGGAAGGACAGCUUAAGACCCCCUGUAGAAGACAUCCAGACAGUGCUGAGCCCGAUGGUGAGUUGUGGUCCUCCAGGAGCUCUGCUAACCAGACCAGUGAUCCUCACCAUCCACCACUGCGCUGACAAUGUCCAGGAAGACUGGCUCAUACAGCUCAAGAACCAGCUGGCCAUGGGAGAGUGGGAGGAUGUGGUUGUAGUGGGCGAGGAGAACUUCACCACACCCUGCUAUGUGCAGAUGGACUCAGAAGCAUGUCACAUAUUGACGGAGACACUGGGGACCUACUGCCUGGUUGGCCAGUCAAUCGGCAAAGCAGCCGCCAAAAGGCUCAAACUGGCGGUUUUUGGUCCCGUCUCAUGCACAACUUUGGACUAUCACAUCAGGGUCUACUGUCUGGAUGACACUCAAGAUGCACUUAAGGAGGUCCUUCAAAUGGAGACGCAAAUGGGAGGGAAGCUUCUGGAUGAGCCAAAGACUCUGAACUUCAAAGACAGCACACAUAAUCUGAGACUGUCUAUCCACGACGUGCCACACACACACUGGAAGAGUAAACUCAUUGCAAAAUAUCAGGAGAUCCCGUUCUACCAAGUGUGGAGUGGCAGCCAGAGAAGUCUUCACUGCACCUUCACGUUGGAGAGACUGAGCUCAGCCACCACAGAAAUCAGCUGCAAACUGUGUGUGCGUCAGGUAGAAGGAGAAGGACAGAUCUUUCAGCUCAGCAACACGUUGGAGGAGGAGGUCCAGUGCAUAGACACAUCCUUGAUGGACCCUGCCAGCAACAUCACAACCUUAACGGGGCCUAAUGCCUUCCGCAUCCCUUUAUCCAUCAGACAGAAGUUGUGUGGCAGUCUGGAUGCACCGCAGACCAGAGGUAAUGACUGGAGGAUGCUGGCUCACAAACUCAACCUUGACAGGUACCUGAACUACUUUGCUACCAAGUCCAGUCCAACAGGUGUAAUCUUGGAUCUCUGGGAGGCCCAACAUUUCCCUGAUGGAGACCUAAAUGAACUGGCAGCGGUGCUGGAAGAAAUGGGUCGCCAUGACAGCAACCUUGCCUCCAUGACAUCGGAGCACUGACGGGGCACCGUGGUUACGAUGGCUGGACCUUGGAGUUAAUUACAGAAGAAUUCUCUCUGGUUGACACUGCUGCCAGGCAAUGGAUUGAAUAUAUGUUAACAAAAGGUAUAGUGUCACCAUGGAUAUUGAGCUCUUUUUAAAUACCAUGGUAAUCAUGCCGACAUGGUAACAGAGAGAGUGAGAGGUGCUGGAACUAUGUAUGUGUCUUUUGCGUGUGUUUUUGCAAGAUGUUGUCACCACAGGAGAGAUACUCCUACCUAUCAGGAAAAAAAACAACACAAAAUGUACACAUGCCUAAAAAAAGGCGAAAAAAACACACUUAUUGUAACACCAGUUAUUUUCUUGCUGUUACUUUAAUACUGAACAAACAAGCAAAGAAACUGAAGUUCUGACCUUGAAGAUCUCUAUCAGGGAUUGGAAAAGAAUCAUAAAGGAAUAGAUGGUAAACUAAUUACAGAAGAGUGGGAGAAGGCAGAUUGAGGAUAAACAAAGAGGGAGCUAGACUCUUUAGAAGGAUGAGAGCAGACACAGAGAGCAGCUAAACUAAUUACAAAGGAGAGAGAUGGCAUAAACAUAAAACGAUGGCAGCAGCGGUAGGUGAUCAUCUAGACGGAAAACAGAUAAUGAGAGGGGAGCGACUCUUCUCUUAGAGCCUUGGCUGUACGCGCCUGUUAGUACAGUUUGUCGUCUUUAUAUCGUUUCUUAGGGAACGCUCUAUGUAUUCUGCUGUCCAUAUGCGUGGAUCAUUUCGUCCUAUAAAAUUUGCUAUAAAGAUUGUUACGAGUCCUGACCAGAAACAAGCCUCAAAUGGCCCCUUCAAGUGUUUUUUUUUAAAUAUUGUUGUAGUUUACGUAAGGAGUCUGUGGCUUUCUUCAAAAAUGCUUGAAGAUUUUAAAUCAUCCAGGUUGAAGGAAACGGAACACGAAAAACACCUGAUCUUGCUGACUACAACUGCCUGUAAACUUUAUAAAAUAAUAAUAAAAAAAAAGCCAACCCAAAGAUUACACUUCACAUGGAUGCAAGUAAAAAAAAAAAAAAAAUGUUGUUAAAUGUGUGCAUUUAAUAAUAUAAAUGAAGCAAAGUGUGGAGGAGCACAUAAUAGGGCUAAAAUGUUUUUCAAGGAGGGAUGUUUUUGUUUUUUUUUUCCAGUUUUUCCAAUGUCAACAGCAUUGAGUGUUGCAAUGCGCUCCAUGGUGAUGCGGCUGUUGAAUGUUUGUGUGCAGCUGCAGGGUGGACACUUAACCACAGCUCCAUAUCCUGGAGCUUCUCUGCUGCAGUUUAGUGGCUUGUUUCUGGACGGGUUUGAACUCUUAACUUUUAAAUCCACUUAUGUAAAGAAUCAUGCAUUAUCAGUAGAUACAAUUUACCUAUAUGUUGAUUUAUUACUCCACACGUUUCUCUUUUUGUGUUCCAUUAUCAAAUGUCAGUUGGCGUUCAGGCCACGCUGUGACUUUGCUGGUCACUGGCACCAUCCAGUGGUCUUUGAAAAAGUUUUUUUUCUUCUUCAUAAUCAUCUAAAGUGUGUAAAUAUGUGGUUAUCAGGUUCAACUUAAUGUAAUUGUAUUACUGUAAUAUUUUUGUUCAUUGAUCAUUAUUAUUUACCUUAUUUUGGUCACUUAAUGUGUCUUAGAGUGAAAAACAUUGAUGGGAACAUGUCCAUUUACCUGCCCUACCCUCCAUUAUUUUCCAUAUAAAUUUCAGUAACUAACAUUCCAAACACGAUAAAUCUAUUGAAGAUGUUACAAACAUGAGCUUGUGAUCGACAUAAGGAAACGGGAUGACGUAAAAUGAAAUGUAAGCUAUUUUUGGUCUGCAGAACAUUGUGAAACAAGGCUGACAUUCAAACGCUCGUCUUCACUCAACAGUGUCUCAUGUAAAAGUUGGAACUAAAAUUCACUACUAAUAGAGAAAAUAGGUUUAUUUUUACUGGCUUUUGAACCGUUGUCGGAUGAUGUUUCCAAAAUGUGUCGAAAAUGUUUAGUCUGUUCAUCGAGAAAAGGACAACGUGAACAUCCAGCUUACAGGAAAUAUUCAAAAAAAGUAGAGUUAAUAUAUUUUUAUUCUGAAAUAUGGAGAGAUGCCAUAUGUAACGGAACAACAGGUAUGCAGAGGAGAUGUUGUAAAUGUAAAAAAAAAAAAAAAGAGAGAGAGAGAGAUGUUGAGGUGAAGACCAAGUCAGAAGAUCAAAUCUUUACCUGUACGUACAGGAGGAAAUCUUUGCACAUCUAUUUACCUUUUUCUUUCUUUUUUUUUUUUUUUGUUCAGUCGGUUGAAAAAGUGCAACUACAAGAUCCAGUCGUCCUGUAUGGGUGUAAAAACACAGAACCGUCAUAACAAGUAGUUAUGAUAUUGGGCAUUGCAUUAUGGGACGAGUACGAACAAUAGAGAGGAUGUUUGUAUGUUUUCUAACGUAACUUCUAAUGUCAGGUAUGAGGAAGUCAAAGGGAAGACUUGGGACACUUUUACGAGGAUAAAAGCCUAACGCUUCAAGUCAACGGUUCCGUUUCUGUCAGGGUAAUACAUGUGCGCAGCUUUGAUACGCUUUGAUUAUCCACGUGUCCGGCAAUUCAAAGGUUGAUCAUUAAUUCUUAACUGGUUGAACACAUUCAAAGAACCAAUUAAGUAAUUAGGAUGAGAAUAUUGUAAUAAACUCAAAUCCUAAUGUUAUAGUUUACCAGCAAGGUGGACUUCUGUUAGGCAAGAUAAAGGGAGUUCUUGUGUGAGGGGAGUACAUGAGGAUGACCCCUCAUGAUGUGAACAUGAAGAAAGUAGUGUCAAGGUAUCAAAGUAUGUAAAAAUAUUUUCUAUCUACAGUAUGUACAGUUGUGUACCAUUGACUAUAUUUCUGAUUAUAGAAAAAAAAAAGAGCAGUACAGUUAGACAAUAGUUUGUAUGUUUGAAUUUCUUUCUUUUCUUUCUAUGGCUUUAAAGUUUCCUGUUUUGUAAGAGCAGUGUCUACUAUGCAAACUUGGCAUUGGUUAUCAUGAUAGAAGUCUAGAUCUAGAGCUGUCCUUGUAAGUGGAUUUUGAUUUGACGAUCAUGUGUGAUUUGAUUUGAUUAGUGUGGGAUAGUGUUGGUCCAUUUUAGCUAACUGGCACGCUUCAAGUCUUGCUCAAUUUUGCUGACUGCUUGCCCCUCUAUCUCCUCUAAUUGUUUUCUGUACAAAGUGUAAGAAAGAAUUUUUAAGACGAUUAAUAAAUUAUAUUUAUAAGCAA